UCACUAGUAUGAGCCUCGCGAGUUGCCGUAGCCGCCUGCCUUUGCUCCACGUCGGCAGCUGCGCAUUGAUACACAGAGCAACAACAGAGAGAGCCGAAGUGACCCGGAUGCUGGUCCACACAGGGAUAUAAAUCCCGGUUCGGAGAGAUCCAGCCGCAGCCAUGUUUAAGAAACUGAAACAGAGGAUUAAUGAGGAACAGUCACCACAGAGGAGUGUACUGUCUCCACACCAGGCCCAGGCCCAGGUCCAGACCCAGAACCAGACCCAGGCCCAGGUGAGUUCAGGUGAGAAGCAGGCAAAAUCUUCCUCACUGCACCAGGAUGUUCCUCCUCCCACGAGUAACAGAGCGCUGCUGGCUGGGAUGAUAGCAGAACCUGCUUUUCUCUCUGAAUAUACUAUCUUUGCUCUGGACCAUUCAAAUCGACCCAAAGCGGCCCAGGUGCCCAGUGCGAACAUCACUAAAGGAGCAGUCAGUUCUCCGAGUGGAAGUGUGAAUGGAGAUGGAGUCGUCUUUCCUUUGAGAGAGGAGGCUCAGUCUCUGGCACAGAAGCUGCAGCAGAGGGUCUCCUCGGUCGAGUCGCUCUUUCGGGUUUCAGGACGCGCCGAGGGCCUUUUCCGCUCCGGCUCCAGGGACAGUCUGGUUCGUAGCUCAUCACGGGAAUCUCUUACUCCUCUGGGAGAGAACGAGGCGUCGGGGGCCCCUGUGUUUGAUCCUCCGUCAGACAUCGAGAGCGAAGCUGAAGAUGGACCUGGAAACGCUGAGGCUCUGUCCAAAGAGCAGCUCAUAUAUCGACUGCACAGGGUGGAGAAGAGUCUAUCAAACUACAGAGGGAAAUACUCUGAGCUGGUUACAGCUUACAGAACCGUGCAGAGAGAAAAAGAGAAAACACAGACGAUCCUCAGUCAGAGUCAAGACAAAUCACUGCGGAGAAUCGGGGAACUCCGAGAAGAGCUGCAGAUGGAUCAGCAGGCCAAAAAGCACCUGCAGGAGGAGUUUGAUGCUGCUCUAGAGGAAAAAGACCAGAUGAUCACAGUCCUGCAGACUCAAGUUGCUCUUAUGAAGAAACGUCUCCAUAGUUCCCCUGUUUUGGUCUCACCUGAGACAGGUGAUGAACAGACAGCCGAGUCUACAGAGACGACCUCUGACCCUCAACACACUAAUCAGGUGGAGAGCAUGGAACUAAAUCAAGCAGGGGGCAGUACUGAACCAAGCAGCAGUGCUGACUUGGAAGUUCUGCAGAAGCGAGUACGGAGGCAGGAGACUCUGCUGCAGCGCUGUAAGGAGCUGAUUAACACCAACAGAGAGCGCAGUGUUCAGAUCAGCAGUGAGAAUGAAGCUCUGCAGCAGCAACUGCAAGAGAGACUGCAAGAACUGGAAAAAAUGAAAGAACUUCACACCAGUGAGAAGACCAAGCUGAUCACACAGCUGAGGGACGCCAAGAACCUUAUUGAGCAGCUGGAGCAGGACAAGGGCAUGGUUAUCGCCGAGACCAAGCGGCAGAUGCACGAGACUCUGGAGAUGAAGGAGGAAGAGAUUGCCCAGCUGCGCUCCAGGAUCCAGCAAACUGUGGCCCAGAAAGAGGAGCUGCAGGAGCAGCGAGAGAAAGCAGAGAAAGCUGCUUUUGAGGAGUUGGAACGCACCUUGAGCAUGGCACAGAGGGCAGAAGAAGCUCGGCGUCAGCUGCAGGAGCGCAUGGAGGAGCAGGUGAGGGAGGUGGAGAAGGCUGGUGAUGAGGAGAGGCGGAAUCUCCAACAGGAGCUGUCCAGGGUCAAACAGGAGGUCAUAAGCAUCAUGAAGAAGUCUUCAGAAGAUAAGAUCACAGAAAUGAAGCAGCAGCAUUUAGAAGAUUUGGAAAACAAGGACAGGCAAAUCAGUUCCCAGAUUCAGGAAGCAGUGGAAAAUUGUCGUAAGGAGCUUUUGAAAGCUGCGCAGGAGAAGGAGCAGCAGGCCUCGCUGGCUCUGGAGGAAGCAGAGCUCCAGAAAUCAGCUGUUCAGGCUGAAGGAGAAGCGAAAGCCAAGGAGCUGCAGCUGGAGCUGGAGAGAACUCGAACUAGAAUUCUUGAGCUGGAGAGUUCCUUGGCCAAGUCGUCACAGGAGGAAGCUUCCCAUGAAGAUGAGGUUUUAGCUGAGAUCGAAGAACAGAGGAAGAAAUAUGGAGGUGAAUUUGCUGCCCUACAAGAAAGGCAUCAGCAGGAGCUGGAGAACCUCAAGGCAGAACUGACCGAUGCUUUGAACCUGAAGCACUCGCGUGCUGUUGAAGAGCUCGUACAGAAACAUAAAUCUGAGAUUGAGGUAAUCAUGAAAGACAAAGAAUUAGAGUUUCAUGAGCAUGUUGAGGAAAUGAACCAAAAAAUGCUGGUGAAAUUGGAUCUCAAGCAGGCCGAGGUGGAGGCUCUGACCGCUGAUCUCAGCGAGAUGCAGAAGUGUAAAGAGCAGCUAGAGGAGAAGCUUGCAGCUGGUGUAGCGAACGAGGUGGCUAGCAAGGAGUUCCAGACCAGGCUGAAUGACGAGCAGAAGAAAUUUCAGUUGGAGAUCGAUGACUUAAAGCGUCAGCAUGAGCAGUCGCUAGAAGGACUAGCGAAGGCGAAAGAAGAGCUAAAUCAGAUCAGAAUGGUGUUGGAGAAGAAGGAUAAAGAGCUUGAACAACAUGCUGAAAGGGAAAGAACAUUACAGGAAAAUAUUAAAGAAGCUCACCAGGAUGUGGAGGCAAAGUUAAAGGAAAUAGAAGAUCUAAGGUGUGUAGCACAGUCUGAGAAGGAGGCACUUGCUGAGGUUGGUUCUCAAAAUACUUCUCUGAAAGAGGAACUGAGGCGGUCACAGAGUCACCUGCAAGAUUUGGAAAGACUUCUCACGGUAGCUCAUAAUGACUGCCAGCAGAAAGAAGAGUGUCUUCAAGAGAAGAUUAAUGACAAUGAAAGAUUAGAACAGAAGAUGCAGGAAGUCUUGAAUGAUCUGGCUGGAAAAGAGAAUUCCCAUGCUCAGUCACACCAAGCAAUGCAAGAGGAGCUAAAUCAGUUAAACAAGCAGUUAGAUGAAGAGAGAAGUUCUUAUGAGAAAAGAACGGAGAGCCUUAAAAAGGAAAUGGAUAGCAAGUUGAAAUCUCAGGAGACCAAAAUGGAAAAACUCAAACAGAAAGCCAAAGAGAUUCAGGAGAAGCUGAAGAAAAAGCUUCAUGAACAAGAGGUGAAUUCUAAAGCGGAGAUGGCCAAGAAAGAUAAAGAGCUGCAGCAGAAAGACCAGCAGAUUAAAGAUAAGAUUCUUGAGAUGGCUCAGGAAAACUCUGAGGGCCUCAGCAGCGCUUUGUCUGACCUGGAGGCAAAUCACAAGGAGCAGUUAGAAAAGAUUUACGAGGCUCAUAGGCUUGAGCAAGAAGACCUUGUGCGUAUUUGGCAGGAGAAACUGAGCCAGCAGGAGGAGGAGCUUCAGGAGAAGCAUGAUCUGUCUUUGCAAGCAAAAGUGCAAGAGUUGGAGAACAUAUCUCAACAGCUUGUGACCAGCACAGAGGAGAAGGAACAUUUGAUUCAAGGAGUUAAGGAAGAGCUUUUAAUGAGGGAAACCACUGUUCAGAAACUCCAGACGGAGCUCAGAGAAGCUGCAGACAAACUGGAAAGUUUGUCUGAAGCAGAGAACAUCCUCAAAAAGCAGGUCGAGUCUGUGGAGAAAAACUUGAAGCAGGCAUUAAAUGAGCGGAAUCAUCUCCAGGACCAGCUCGCUAAGACUGAAGAGAUGAGUAAAGAAAGAGUCCAGACAUUGUCCGAAGAACUAGAAGAUGCAUGCAAGAAGCUUAGUGUACUUGAAGCUUCUAGAAGUAAAGAGGGUGAGAACCUACAGAGGAGCCUUGAAGAGAAAACCCUUGAGCUUCAAAACAAGGAAACGGCAUUUCUGAGACAAAUCCGUGGAGUGAGUAAAGACCUGGAGCAGCAUUGUGAAGGUGCACAAUCGAUGUUAAACGAUUUCUCCAAAAAUCUCUGUGAAAGAGUCGAGACCAGGAUGAACAGGCUGCAAAACAGGGUCACGUGUAACCAGAGGAGACUGGGCCAUUUAAAAAAUCACAUUUUAACAAAGAACAAUAAAAUCUGUUCUCUAGAGCAAGAACUUCAGAAAAGCAUGGAGGAGCACCAGAGCCUGAAGAACUCUCUCGAACAAACGGCUCUUCAGCUGAAUUCGAGUUCAGAGAAUCUUGAAGCUUUAACAAUCGAGAGAGAGUCUUUACAAAAAGACGCUAUUAAUCAUUCGCAGGUACUUUCUGAGAAAGUUCUUUGUAUAGAAACACUGAAUGAAGAAAACAAAAACAUAUCAGAAAAACUUCAAGCUAAUAUUUUGCGUAUCAGUGAUUUGGAGAGCGUCGUAGAUGAUCUAAAGAAACAUUUGUCAGUUAUCAGUACAGAGAAGGAGGAAGCCAUAUCUCUGCUGAAUCAGCAGCACAACGAGGAGAAACGGACCAUGAGAAGCCAGAUGGAGGAGGCUGUGGUACGAGUGGAGAAGGAGAAGGAGAAGGCUGUCGAACAAGUCGAUUCACUCAGGAAUAAACUGUCUGACCUUAAGAAGAACACUGUCAGAUCUCUUCAGUGCAGGAUAGAGGACAUGGAGAAACAGAUAACGGAGAAGGACGAGCAUCUACAAAGACUCACUGCCAGCAUUGACAAUCAGACCAGCAGUAAGUCAGAGAUGGACCAGGUUCUGGGCGAGAAAGAGCAGAGGGUAAGUGCCUUGACUUUAGAGUUGGAGAACUGCACUAAGAAGAUAAGGGAACUCGAGGAACAGCUCAAAUCUCAGACUAAACAGCAGGAGGAGCUGGAGGCCGAGUUGCAGCAGCACCAUAACAUUCGAGAGGGUGAAAAGACAGAGCUGCUUCUACAGCUCCAGCAAACCAAGGAACAGUGUUCUCAUCAGAGCGACCUGAUCUGUGAAGCUGAAGCAAAACUCCACUCUUUAGACAAAGAGUUCCAUGAGGUCAAACAACAACUGGAAUGCCAGCGAGGAGAUUUUGAGAGCGAGAAGGUGGAAAUCCUGAAGUCGAAGGAGGAGGCUUUGAAGGCAGCAGAAGAGAGUGCAGGUAAAGUGACUGAACUGAAGAAGAAGGCCGAGCAAAAAAUCAGCCUGAUUCGUAAACAGCUGACUUCACAGAUUGAGCAGAAGGAGCAGACCAUCAAAGAUCUUCAGGCACAGCUGGAGGACAUGCAGCAGAGGCAGCAUGAGAAGGAAGAACAGGUGAAGAGUUUGGAGGAAAAUGGGAGGAAAAUGGAGGAGGCCAUUAAUAAUCUAAUGGAAGAGCACAGACAGUUCCUGGAGCAGGUACAACAUGAUGGAAGACUCGAAAAUGAGAACUCUUUGGAAACAUUUAAGGACACAGAGAAAAAGGAAACAUCUGUGCUAAACGAAGCUGCUGCAGGAAAUGAGCAUGGGGAAGAAGCCGUUUCAAGGUUCAGAGAGCUGGAGGCCAAGCUUCUUCAAUCUGAAGAACAGAACACUACGUACCAAGUUGAAAUCAGCAAGCUUAAGGCAGAGCUGAGUGAACAUGUGCCACUGGUUCUGGAGCUUCAGAAGACCUGCUCGAGUCUUCAGGUCCAGAUUAAAGAGAAAGAAACUAAUGUCAUGCAGAUAGAGAAAUGCUCUUCAGAGAAACCCAACAGCGCGUUAGAAACAGAGCCUUUACAAUAUGCAGGAGAGCAGGACACUGAGUUACGAGCCGCCUGGGAGCGUGAAAAGGAGCUCUUGGUGAAAGAUUAUGAGGAGAAGCUCCAAGACCUCAGUAAGAGACUGGAGGAAAAAGAGGAGCAGUUUAAAGAGAACAUGCGGAUAGGACCAGGACAGACGGAUGGAGAAUGUUUUACUGAUGGGUCUAAAAGCAAAGAGAACAAUCUACUGCAAAAACUGGAGGAAACCGAAAACGAGAAGCAGAAGAUUCAAAAGGAUUUCACACGGUUACAGAAAGACCUUCGAUCACUGAGGAAGGAACAUGAGAAGGAUUUGGAAUAUCUGAAGAAAGAAAUGGCAGAUGAGAACGAGAUGAAGCUGAAACUGGAAAUGGACGAUUUGGAAAUGAAACACAACUCAACACUUAAACAGAUGAUGAGAGAGUUCAACACCCAGAUCGCUCUGAAAGAUCAGGAGCUUGCAGCAUCAGUGAAGGACGCAGUUGAAAGAGCUCAAAGAGUAGAAGCAGAACUAAUGGGGAUCCAUCGAGAGGAAGCUCAUCAACUUCAAAAGACAAUUUCUCAGAAAGAAGAUGAGCUGAAAAGAACAGUCCAACGUUAUGAGCAAAUUCUACAGAGUCGUGAAGAAGAAAUGGGCACUCGCGUGUGGGAGGUGCAGAAGGAGCUGGAGGAGCUGCAGCAAAGGAGUCUCAGUGGUCCUCAGGGUGUUGAAGAACUUCAGGUUCAGAUUGCUGAGAAGACCACCAUGCUGAGUGAAGCCAGGCUGAAAGAGCAGGGGUACCAGGAUCGGAUCCACAUUCUGGAGGACACGGUACGGAAAGCUUAUAAAAACUCGGUGGUGACUCACCUGGGGAAAGAUCUCUCACACUACAGCACUGAUCCCUUCCCCGAGCCCACAGAGUUCGAGUACCUGCGUAAGGUCAUGUUUGAGUACAUGAUGGGACGAGAAACGAAGACCAUGGCCAAAGUCAUCACAUCCAUGCUGAAGUUUCCAGCAGACCAGGCCCAGAAGGUCCUGGAGCGUGAGGAUUCUCGAGGGACGCCUUGGCUCCGGUAAAGUUGACUAAAGUGGAUGAUGUGAGGUACAGAGAAAACCAUCUGCUGCUGCUGAAUGUGGAUCAGAGGGACAGAGUUCUGCUAUUAAUCUAUCUAAUGAACACUUACGUUUAUAUAAGAAAGGAAGAAUAUACAGGGGUGUGUGUGUGUGUGUGUGUGUGUGUGUGUGUGUUGGGAAGAUUUAGACUGUACGGUGCCAGAUUCUCAAAACUGACACUAGUUUUUAAAAUAAAUUCCAGCUUUUUGAUUUUGUUUUAUUUCUUUUUAGAGCGGGGGGGGGUUGUUUCCUUGUUUUUGUUUAAAAUCAGAUUUGUGCAAUACGUUUGAUUUUUGUUUCGCUUUUCCCUUUGCGGUUUGUACAUUUGUGUUUUUCCCCCUGAUUGUAUGGGAAGAUGGAACGGUUUCUUCUGCACAUGUAAAUCUGCAUCACUUUAAGCUCGUCAGGACUUUGUUUACUGCGGCUUCUCUAUUUUCUAUUUUAUUCUACUGUAUUUUUGGGGUUUUGAAGUUAAAAUGUAUAAAUUGUAAAUCACUGGAAGAGGAAUAUAUAAAGCUGUGCUGCAGGGCUCAAUACGACUGUUGUAUUAUUAGCUUUCUUUUAAAACGGCUAAUAAAACAUUCUUUACACUU